UUCGCCGCGUUUAAAAGGAGUGGGAGGAACACUUCCGCGGAAAACGAGACCUAGGGAAAUACAGUCCAUAACACUGUCAUACCUGCGUUACACUUCCAGUCUGAUGGAAACCAUUGAUCGCGUACAGGCUGUAAAUUACGGCAAGAAAUCAAAUAUUGAAUAUACCAUUCUCCUGACAACUCGUUGACAUCACCAAACAAAACUAGAAUGUCUCAUUGGGAAAGGCUGAUGCAGCUUCCGGCUCCAUUCACACAACAGUUACAUGACCUGUAUGACAGGGAGGGUCUCCCCAUGGAAGUCCGUCAUUACCUGGCUGCAUGGAUAGAAUCACAGCAGUGGCAGCGAGCAAUCGACGACUACAAUUUGGCGAUGGUGCUGUUCCAGGCUCUGUUAGAGAAUCUAGAUAUCCAGUACAGUCGCUUUGUACAGGACAAGUCCGUCCUAAUGCAACACAACUUUCGACGCUAUAAGCAGAACUUUCAGAGGUACCUGGACAACCCACAAUACUUGGCAAACACAUUUUCUUGGUUCUUGGAAAAAGAAAAGGACAUCUUGCGCAAUGCGGAUCUAGCUGAGCAGGUGCAAGCUUUGCAAGUAGAACAAGGAUGCUUUGAGACCAGCACUCAGCGUGACCUUGACCGAAGAAUGGCCAGCCUAAAAUAUGAUGUGCAGUGCAUGGAACAUACAAUGGUGUGUCUUGAGGAGCAACAAGAUGAGUUUGAUUUUAAAUACCAGACAUACUUAAAAGAAGCCCCCACAACAAGCAACGCUGCAGACCCGCUACAAGCCAAAUUUCAGUUUUUAAUAAACAAACUCAACGACUCCAGAAAGAACACGCUGGUUGGGCUUCACAAACUUCUGGACAGAGCUGAGGACCUGAUAGAUGCUUUGGUGAACAAGGAGAUGGUGCAAUGGCAGAGGAGGCAGCAGAAAUCCUGCAUUGGAGCUCCAGAAAGAGUUGAUCUCGAUCAGCUUGAGAAAUGGUUUACCUGUGCUGCAGAAUGUCUCUUCCAAGUAUGUGAGUUCCUCAGUAAACUCGAGGAGCUAGCUGGGAAGAUGACCUAUGACAAUGACCCUGUGAAGUCCAAUAAACCGUUUCUGCAAAGGAGGACUCUAAAGCUCCUGACUGAUUUGCUCAAGAGUUCCUUUGUGGUUGAGAAUCAGCCGUCUAUGCCUCAGGGGAAAGGUCCUCUGGUUCUCCGCACAGGUGUGCAGUUUCCUGUCAAAACUAGACUUCUCGUCAAGUUUCCUGAACUGAAUCAUUCCAUGAAAGUCGACAUAUCAAUGGACCGGGAUGCCCCUCAGAUAAAAGGGUACCGUCAUUUCAAUGUCCUAGGCACCACAAGCAAAGACUUGAACAUGUCAGAGAAUGGGAAUGGCGGCAUGGUGGCAGAGUUCAGGCAUCUCACUUUGAAGGAGCAGAAGUCGAACGGUGGCGGUAAAGGAACCAGUGAUAUUUCUCUGAGUGUGACAGAGGAGCUGCACAUCCUUUACUUCAACACAACAUUUAAGUUGAAAGGAAUAUCUGUCGGGUUACAGGCCACCUCUCUACCAGUGGUUAUCAUCUCCAACUCCAGUCAGCAGCAGAGUGCCUGGGCAUCGGUGCUUUGGUUCAACCUGCUCAGCCAGGACCCCAAAGAUGUGACGUUCUUUGCUAACUCUCCGGCAGCUACUUGGCCACAAUUUGGAGAAAUGCUGAGUUGGCAGUUUCUGUUCGCCGAACGUGGUCUGAAUGACGCUCAGUUGGAAAUGAUCGCACACAGACUUUUUGGAAAGCAACAAAGCUACGAGAACUCUAGUAUAACUUGGUCCAAAUUUUCCAAGGAAAACAGUCCUGAAACCUUCUGGGUGUGGUUUGACAGCAUUGUGGUGAUGGUGGAAACCUAUCUUAAAAACUUGUGGAGGGAUGGGAUCAUCAUGGGCUUUGUGACCAAAUGCAAAGAGAAGAUGCUACUAAAGAAAAAACAGAAGGGCACUUUCUUGAUACGUUUUAGCGAAAGUGUCAUUGGAGGGAUCACUUUCUCCUGGGUGGAAAUUGGCACAAAUGGUGAUCCAGAAGUAAAGACAAUCCAACCUUUCACCAAAAAGGAUCUUUCCCAGAUUCCCUUCCAUGAAAUCGUCAGACAUUUCCUGAUCUUAAAAGAAGUCCCACAGAAUCCCCUACUUUAUUUAUAUCCCGACAUUCCAAAAGAUGAAGCUUUUGGAAAAUACUAUGCUGAUAAGAGUGGAAAUGACUCCCCUUACCUUAAAUACAUCAAAACCAGUCUCGUCUUUGUUUUAAAAGGGGACACAUUGGCGGCUGUGACAGAUGGUGAAGUCCCGCAGCCAUUGAGUGGUUUACAUGAAGAGGAUGCUGGGCAACUGAAGGAUUCUCCGGAUCCUCAUUUGGCUAAUUGUCAGGAGGACCCCUUGCUGUAUGACCCUAUUUUAAUCUCAGAAGAGGAUCUGCAGUAUCCCAGCAUCUCCAAUCACUUUUUCGAUUCUGACAUCUUUGUCGAUGAACUGCCUUGCGGUCUAUGAAAAGUUCAGUUACCCUGCCAAAUUGUUCAAACAUUGCUUCAAUUUCACUUUUCUACUCCUUUAUAAAUAACCUGUCAUUGUGAUCAUUAUGAAUAUAAUAACUCAUUAACCUUUGUUGACAAAUGUUGUUUGCGCCUUGUGCUACAAAAAACAAAACAAAAAAGAACAGACACACAAGAAAUAAACGGUACAUUUUGAGGUUACCGCUAACACUGGACAUCUGAUUGAAAUCACAAUAAGAAUCAAAUACAAACUUUUGUUCAAUGUACAAGUACAAUGUGACGUCAAAAUAAAGCUUGGACUACAGCUUAAA